AUGUUGCCAGCCGGUGUUAUUUUGGUGUUUGUCCUAGUUUUCUUGGCCUUCGUUCUCGUUGUUUCAACUGUUAUCUUCAAGAGAGUGCAGGCCAAGAAGAAGGGUUUGCAGAAGUUUUAA